AUGAUGUCACUGGCUCUGACCAAUGAAGAGACGCGCUCUGAGAGCGCGCGGAUAUUGGGCCCAGUCGGUUCUGACUCCCAGGAGCAGGAGGGACAAUGGCUGAGCGUUGGAUAGGGUUCAGCGACAGCGAUCAGAAAGCGGCGCAAGCCGGGAAGAGACGAUGUAAGGAAGAGUGGGAGAACGAGGAUGAGGAUGAAGACGAGGACGAGAGGGACGCCCAGUUCUCCCUGGAGGCUCUGAGAAUGCUGGACAGAUUAAAGGAUAUAGACUGCCCCUUCCUUGAUGGUCUGUAUAUUAGUGGACCGAGGACAAUAAAACAGUUCCUGUGUGUGCCCUCAAUUUACCGUUUGCUUAUUCUGGAAUGGUUAUUUACAAGGCUGUAUCCUUCCUUUGGGGAUUCAUUUGCAACUGUGCCGGACUCUGGGGCUAAAGAGAAAAUAAAAGAGAUGACUAGACUUGGCCAUGAACUGAUGUUGUGUGGGCCAGAUGAUCAGGAUCUCAUUAAGGGCUCUACUGGUGUGAAGGAACAGCUUUAUUUCUUUAAUCAGUUACUGGAUGUGGUCACAAGUCUGGGUCCUGAAUAUGUCAGCAGUUUCUUCAGUGUGGAGGAGAACUUCCACGACUUAGCGAAGGACAAUGAGAUGCUGCUGAAGAAAGUCUUCGCUUCCCAUGCCCACAAGGAGAUCCUAGAUCCCAAGUUGAAGCCCUUGCCUCCGGAUGUACAGUCCUCCCGUGGGACAAAGGAAAACCUGCAUAGAAUGAAUGUACUUGGGGACCGAGAGAGAAAAUCCUGUGGACAGAGCCCUCCAGUGACCUGCAGGCUGCUGGAGGCAAAGAAGACGAAGGUGGAAGAGCUGUCCGAAAAACUGACCAAGCUCGCUGAAAUGCUGCAGGCACAUGAGGAAGAGGUCCAUAAUCACCAGAGCUGCACCAACAAACUGUUUUUCCUGAAUUCCACCAGGCGCCCCGUUCAGUGUUCUCCCUACCGUGGGAAAAUCUCCAGCCAAGGUAGUGGCACCUUGGGCUUGACUCUGUCAGAUUUCCAUCAUCUGGUGAUUGCUUUUAUACACGUUUUUGAGGAUGAGCUUCAUGAGCACUGUAACCGCCCAGCCCCCAAUAUCAACCCGUGUGGUCCAUCCUUCCAGUCUGUGUAUGAUACUCUGACACUCUGCAACCAGGAGCUGAAAGCUAUCAAUGAAAUCAUGGAUACCUGUGAGAAGGUGGAGAAUAUAGUGAAGCAGCCACAACGGGAGAAAGCCUACUUGGGUGAAGGCAACUAUAUGGUGACCUUGGUUGAAAAAUUAAAAGAGUUAAAACGGAAAUAUGAGCUCUUCCAAGGCAGUCCUUGGACACCUGUUGUACGUAUGGAUGCAAGCUAAGUGUUCGUUCCCUGGUUCCCCAGCUCCUUGGGACUUGGCUGCCGCUGGCAUUUGGGAAACUAGGGGGAAGACUUUGGUCGUGAGACAAGUUUCUGUUUGCUUUUUUAAAAACCAUUUUUGUUUUUUGUUAAUAUGAACUUGAGAAGCCUCAACAAGGUUCACACAGAAAAAAGAGGAUUUUAUAGCAAACCACAAACCUAUGUACAUGUUACUUUUUAAGAAGCAUGUAAUAAAAUCACCACCUUAGUUUCC